AUGGAAUCCCGGCGAUACGACUACGGCAGCGGCGCCGGCACCGGCGGCAAAAUCCGCCGCCACCCUCCCUCCCGCGCCGUGGCAGCCUCGCCCUAUGCUCGUCCGGCCACCGCCCCGACCAACGCUCCUGGAACCGCCACGGCGGCGGUUUCGCAGGGGGGCGGGUGGUUGUCCCGGAUUAUUGCCGCUGCCACCUCUCGAUUCCUUCCCUCCUUGUUCCGCACGUCUCCACCUCAGCUCACCGCGCUGGCCCCGCCGCCGCAAGAGCUGCUCGAGCCGCCGUCGCGCGACCAACUGCUAGUCGACGCGCCGCCUUCGCCGCUUCCCCCACCUUUAGAGGAUGACCUUCCAGAAUGUGAAGAAAACAGUGGAGUGGCUGCCAAUAACUUAUUUACUGAAAAUCCUCAAAGUUCUGCCAAGGGAGAGGAAGAAAACAUGCUAAGAAAUUCUAAUGACCAUGGUGGUAUGGCUCUUGAAGAAUUAUUGAAGCAGAGAACUUUCACGAGGAGUGAAUUUGAAUAUUUGACCAAUUUGUUAUGGUCUAAAACUAUUGGAGCAAAUUCACUAAAGCCAGAAGAUGGUAACAUAAGGAAAAUGAUUGUUUAUGACAAGGAAAAUGGCUCGGAACACUCCAACUUACCUCUUGAUUUCUCCACUACAACAUACAACAUUGAUGAUCAAGUUGCCUCGCCUGCAGAAAUUGCAAAAGCAUAUAUGGGUUCAAAAUCUUCCAAGGGGUCCCCUCUACGUCUUAGGUUGCACGAUCCCUCCUCUAUGCCUAUCACAUCUGUAGAAGCUAGUAUGUCACAAAAAGCUAAGCCUCCCACAAUCCCACUUGCCCAAGGCUCAAGAUUGCAUACUUCCAAAACUUCUGAUCGUCUUGAAAGCAACUGCACAACACCGAAUGGAGCAAUCUACAAAAUGUCAUCAUCUCCUUAUUUCAAGAGUGGUGUUUCUUCAAAGGAGCGAUUUGGUUCUGUAUCUUCACAUUAUCAGACCUCAAGUAGUGUUCAUACUUUUGGCAGGCAGGUUUUGAAGAGGAAGAGUACUGCUGUCAGCAAUGAGUCUGAUGGUCCCAUACGUAGAAUGCAUCAAAGAUAUAACAGAACAUCGCCGCUGUUGGAAACAAGGCUAGGUUAUCGUAGAUACCUUGUGGGCUAUGGAAGCAAACUUGAAGGUCCUGAGCAAUUGGCACAAACUCAAAAACGCAGUUGUCUGGAUAAAGUCGGUGAUGCCAGUCUCGGUAGCAUAGAGGAUAGAGCUCAUGUGAACUGUUUUGGUCAGGCACCAGAGCAGUCAGCUGAGAUGGCAGCUAAGAUACUGAAGCAGCUUGACACAUUAGUUCCUUCGCAGAAGGAAAACACACCAGAAAUAAAGCAGAAACUUGAGAGUGCCAUAUAUUUCCAGGAGGAUGUUUCUCGACAAAAGAAAGUACAAGCAGAGAGAGAUCUUUUGGAACCUUCUCCAUCAGAAGUUGAGUAUUCCUUACCUGAUGGUAUUACAUCUAACAAAUCAAUCUCACAAAUUACCUUGAACAAGGAGAAUCCACCAGCAUUUUCUUUCAAAGGUAAUGCUCCCAAUCUGGUAUUAUCUGAUGAAAUUGGACGAAACAAAAUGUCCACUCCAGCAAAUGGCUUCACCUUCCCUGUCCCAACUGUCAACAAUGCCCACUCGCAGGGCCCUCCAACACCUACAUUGGCAUCUCCCCCUAUACUAACAGUUGAAAAGCAGCCUUCACUAUUGUUCAGUGCUUCAGUCACUUCUGCAAAAAGUGGCCCUAGGAUUUCAAAAUCAGUAUUGGGAGGAGCAGUUACACAGAAAUUAUAUAGCAAGUUAAAUGCAGAUGAUCAACAAAUGCCUUCCAAGAAUUCUGGGCAAGGUGCAUCUUUCACAAGUAAUCCUGUAUUUAAGGUUGAUGGCCCUGGAUAUGCAUCAAACUCUAUUGUCUCAGCUAUACAACCUUCUAAUACAUCAAUUGGCUCAGCUUCAUUUCAAAGUGCUGUCUCUUCUACCAUCUCCACUAACUUAGCUUCAAAGUCUACACAGAGCUGUUCAACUGGAGGCAGUCUCACUUUCUCCAAUACUGGUUUCGGUAGUUUAUCGGCAGCCAAAAAUAUGUUUGCAGGCAGUUCUUCUGAAUUUGUUGCAGCAAGAACUUUAGCAUCAUCUUGUACAGGAAGCCCCAGUGUUGCUUUCGGUUUCCCUCCAGUUCGGACUGCAAGUUCUCCAGCUGUGCAGCGCAAAUCCGAAGCAGCAAAUAGCAGUACCACUAUUAGUUCCAUGCGGGAGUUUGGCAUUGCAGGUUCUUCCACUAUGCAGGACAAAUCCAAGGCAGUAGACAGCAGUACCCCUUUUGACUUCUCCCAAAAGUUUCACACUGAGAGUUCUGCUUCAGAGGAUAUGUCCAAGGCAGCCUCUGCUGAGCCAACAUUUUUUUCUAGGAAUCAUAAUGCUCAAUCAAAAAAUUGCAGUUCCCUGUUCACACAGAGUCCAGCAAAUACUUUGUGCUUCAAAUCUUCAGAAAAUUUAAACUCUGGAAGCUCACAUAGUUUUGCAGAUUCACCAGUUGGUUCAGCAACAAUGGGCUCUAGUCCUUUGAAUUCAAGCUCUCUGUUUUCUUGGGCAGCUGCUGCUUGUCCAACCUCUGUGACUGGAACUGCUCCACCAUCUUCUCCUGCUACAAGCUCAUCUUUUGCUUUUAGUUCCAGUCCAGCAUUUUUAGCACAAUCAGUAUUCUCCAGCAAAUUCACUACACCUGCUCCACCUUCAUAUGGCUCACCAAAUACUGGUCCUGCUACAUCACCAUUCAGCCCAAUGCCAAGUGCUGUAUUUUCGUUCACGUCAGCUACUUCUUCAAUACCAAAUCCACCCACACCAAUAUUUGGUGACCCUACUGUACAGAUGAACGGAGGGAACAUGGUUGACAGGAAUGGGUCCCCUUCCCCAGCAACUUCACCAUUUGGCCUGCCAAGCAGCACUUCUCCAUUGACUCCAACUUUCAGUACGCCUGCAACUCAAUUUGCUUCUAGUACAUCUGGCUCACCUGGAGUUUUCGAAGUUGGCCAGUAUAGUCAAGUUUCUUCAGGUGGGUUCUCAAUGGGCCCUAGUGGUGGCAACGACAAAUCCGGCAGAAGAACCAUCAGAGUUAAGAGAAGGAAAUGA